AUUUCAUCUUAAUUUGAGUAGGCCGUUUGGUUGUUUGUGACACGUAUGAUGGUGAGGGAUUGUGUCUUAGUCUGGUUUUUAACAAUCCACUUGUCCCUGGUGACGGCAUGGUAUUUACCAGGGAUAUCACCGAUCAAUUAUUGUCCACCACCGGUUGAUAGUGAAAGUAACUGCAAAAGUGAGAUUACUUUACUCGUUAAUAAGUUGACUUCAAAGAAGUCGUUUAUCUCUUUCCGCUAUGACUCGUUUGAUUUCUGCAGUUUGUCUUCAGAGCCAUCUCCUGUCGAAAAUCUCGGUCAGGUGGUCUUUGGAGAACGUCUAUCACCAUCGAGUUAUGAGAUCAUAUUUGGCAAAGAAGAGACAUGUAAAGUCCUUUGUUCGAAAAAAUAUUCACAUACUGACUACAAGAAAUAUUUAUUUAUUACCAAGGCUAUUAUGAUGGGCUAUGAGCACCAUUGGGUUAUAGAUAACUUACCAGUUACAGUUUGUGUUCAAACUGUAGGCGGAAAAAAGUAUUGUAAAACUUCUAUUCCACUUGGAUGCUUUGAAGGUAAUCAGGAUAAAUUGGAUUCUGUGUGUUUAGGAAUACCUUUGGCCAAACAUCGUACGAUCUUGUUGAAUCAUAUCAGUCUGCACAUUGUCUAUCAUCCAGUUAAAGAUUCAUGGAGUAGGGCAGGAAAUGUUAAAGCUGGACGUAUUCUGUCAGUGAUUGCCAGUCCUAGUAGUAUUGCUCAUCCAAACAAUGCACCGGAUUGUACAUCAAAGCAGUCAUUAAUACUCCCGUCUGAUUUAAAGGAUGAACUUAAAAUAACUUACACAUACAGCGUAACAUUCGAAGAGGAUCUAACGCGUAAAUGGUCAUCUCGUUGGGAUUAUAUUUUGGACACAAUGCCUCAAAGUAACAUUCAGUGGUUAUCUAUUUUGAAUUCAUGUGUGUUGACAUUAUUCCUUUCUGGUCUUCUUGCAACCAUUCUUCUGCGUACACUACGUCGUGAUAUUGCUCGUUACACAGAACUUGAAAGCGCUACCGCUGUUCAAGAGGAAUCUGGCUGGAAAUUAGUUCACGGUGAUGUAUUUCGUCCGCCUAACUGGGGUAUGCUUUUCUCAGUUGUUGUCGGCUCAGGAGUUCAAAUCUUUCAAAUGUUAUUGGUCACCCUAUUUUUUGCAUGUCUUGGAUUUUUAAGUCCAGCCAAUCGUGGUGCGUUGAUGACUUGUGCUUUGGCUGUAUUCGCUUGUUUAGGAGCUUCUUCAGGUUAUGCUUCAGCUCGAAUCUACAAAUUUUUCGGCGGUUUGCGAUGGAAAACUAAUGUUAUACUAACUGCAACAGUUUGUCCUGCCUUAGUUUUUUCAAUGUUUCUUAUUUUGAAUGUCGCACUUUGGAUUUUGGAUAGUGCAACUGCUACUCCAUUUGGCACUAUAGUGGCACUUUUAGCACUUUGGCUUUGUGUUAGUCUACCCUUGUGUUUUCUUGGAGCAUUCUUCGGUUUCAGGAAGCCAGUAUUUGAAACUCCUGUUCGUACUAAUCAAAUACCACGACAAAUACCUUAUCAAAGUUUCUAUAGUAGACCGUUGACGGCAUUUUUCAUUGGUGGAUUAUUGCCGUUCAGUUGUAUAUUCAUUCAAUUAUUUUUUAUAUUCAAUAGCAUAUGGGGAGCACAAUUUUACUAUAUGUUUGGUUUUCUAUUCUUGGUUUUCAUUAUGCUGGUCAUUACAAUAUCUGAGACAUCUAUACUAAUGUGUUAUUUUCAACUGUGUGGAGAGGUGGGUUUCUUGUUUAUUUCACCACUAAUUAUUCAAUAUUUUUGUUUUUUUCUUGGGAGAAUAUAUAUAUAUAUAUUCAUACCGCACUUCUAUUUUCUGCGGUGUACUAGCUAGUAGAAGUAGUUUUUGGGAGUUCAGUGUUGAUGGAGUCCCAAAAAAUUUCUCGUCAAGGUCCCCAAAGCUUAGAAACCUCAGGAAACAUUUUAUUGAAUCGGCGUUGAAUAGAAUUUUUGCAGAAACACCUAAAAAAUACAGAAUCACGUACCACAGGUUUGAUAAGAUAUUUACGUAUGCUAUUACUAUGUUUAGUAUGGUUCCGGAAAUUUCUAGUAGUGCAAUAUCAGGUGCAGUACUACAAACACCCUCGUUUUUCUUUACAUAAACUAACCUUGGAGUAAAGCUUUCAUUCGCAUUUCGCGUCUUCUUUCUAGUGUUACGGUAGAAGUAGCUGAGGAUAUCAAAACGAUAAACAAUACAAUUAUCAAUUAUUACACAAGCUGCGUUAUAAAAGGAAAUAAUAUUGUCAAGUGUUUAGUUAUCAAUCAUUUUUUGAUGAUUCGAUUUGAUUUUAGCGCAUUGUUUUUUUUGAUCGACAGUUUAAUUGAAUAGACACUAAUUCAAGAUUAUCUAAGCCUUGUAAACUAACACACUCUUAAGUAAUUACUGGGUUGUUCCCACAGUUUUUCUUAUCUGUUGUGAUUUUUGUAAUUUUGAACUACAUGCUGUUUCUAGUUGAAACAUGUACAAUGGAUGUUCUUAUAGGCUUUUGUGUACUUCAUGUGGUGAGAGAGUGAAUGUAUACCAGAACCAUCAGUACUUUAGAACAUCAAGAUUUCUAUUUGACCAUAUUGUAGUAUUUUUCAAAGUCGUCUUAUGUCUUAGUGGUCAACAUACUAGUCAUCGUAAGUUAAUAAAUGUAUGCAAAUUAGUUACACCUACUAUUACAACUGAACAAUGAUUUCCGAUUUAGAUUUGAGUCCCUACUGCAUUUGAUAAACACAAAAAUUUGGUCCAAUUCAUCAAUCAUAUCACUAAGAAAACCGAUGUCAGUAAAAGUUAAUUAAGUUGAUUACACAUUGAUUAACAGUAUUGAAAGAAUUAUGGAUAAGAUAUUUCGGAAACCAGUUUAUUUGGUCAAGUACCGCAGAAACUAACUGAAUUGCCAUGCUCAUCUUAAUAAGUAUUGGUCUUAAAAACAGUUUUGUUUAGAUAUCGAAAUUGGGUUAUUUGAAAGGAAUUGUCACUUCAAAGUAAAUCGAUUGUUCUAAAAGUGCGUGGUAUAUGUAAUAAUCUUUGAGGUAUGAGUCUGCUACCAAUAACUUCCAAAAUACUGACUACCUUUAGAUUGAAAGAAUUGUACAAACCACAUAAAAGACACUGACUUGAUAGUAUUAUCCUUUCGUUUUUACAUCCUAUAUUUUUUACUGUUCAUCAUUUGAAGUAAGCUUUUUAUAAAUCAUAAAUAAUUGACAUAGAUUAUUCAUGUUCGUAUUGAGGAUGACGAAAUUCAACUAACUCAAUCAAUGACUAAUAUUUUUAUUUAUUUUAAUACUGAAUCUUAGUGGUUCUAUCAUUUCAGUAUUAAAUUCGACUCUUAGCGAUACGGAGGGAGUACGAAUCUUCGAUUGUUAAAUAAUCCUGAUUGCAUGAUAUGUGUUGUCCAGCGAUAUGUUGUGUCCGAGUAGUGAAUGGCUGUUUACGAGAAUAAACGUUUGACAUAAAUCCCCGAAUAAUUCGAGUUAAAAUAUAUAGCCAUCUGUCAAAAGAAAAAGUUUUAUGUUGUCAAACAACAUACAAAUUUAUAUAACAAAAUAAAAAUGAUCAAUUGUCACAGGCGAUCGGAUGAAAUCACUUUUGCAGAUCAUUCACUCACUGUCCAAUGAACCAUGUCCAAACCAGCCGGUCAUAUCAUUUAGGUGUACAAUUCGUUUUCUCUCUGGUUUAUCAAUAUCAUUAAACAUAAAUAUAUGAAAAGAAAAUUGUUUAUCAAAAUUGAAAUUUGUUGUUGUAUUCCGUUAUAGGAUUAUCGCUGGUGGUGGCGUUCACUAUAUACAGGAGCUGGAACAUCAUUCUAUUUAUUUGUUUAUUCCAUUCAUUAUUUUGUGACACGUUUAGAAUUUCAAGAUGCAGUCUCGGCAUUCCUUUAUUUCGGUUAUACAGCCAUCAUUUUAUGGCUUAACUUUUUAUUUACCAGUUCUAUUGGCUUUUACGCGUGUUUCUGGUUUGUUCGAAAAAUUUACGGAGUUGUAAAAGUCGACUAAAAUGGUGAACUAGUGUGAAAAAGCCCCUGAAAAACAAUUUUUUCAUUGGAGAAUGAAAAGAAAGACAUAUCUUUUGUUAACAAAUCAAACAUUAUGCGAUAUAUUGUACCGCCGGUUGUUUUUUUAGGAACAAUGUUCAUUUCUUUUUUUCAUGUUUUUGUAUAUUUUCAUUCCUGCAUUGUAUGAUUGUUACACAUUGUUACUAUCAUUACUAUCACCGUUUAUUAUGAUUGUGUUUGUGCUUAUGUUCCUUAUUUAAGCACCCAUACACAUUAAUGCAUCGACUAUAUAGAUAUAGCACAUUCACUGUUUCUUUCUUGGUUCUUUCGUCAUAUAUUCUGAGGCAAAAAUCGUACGUCUUAUAAUAAACACUAUACAUUUCUAUAUUUUUAAGUUAUUUUGUUCAUACUAAUCGAGUUAACAAUCGUGGUGAUUUAUAUCACCCUCUGUGAUACAUAUACAUAAUACAUUGCACGAAAGUAAUUAUUAUUUAAUUCUU